AGCUAGACAUGGAAAGUUUCAGCAGAGAAUAAACAAGCCAAAGCAGGGAAGGAACAAGAUGGACAAUGUUUAAACGGACCAUUCAACUGUGAUCUAUCAAGUCAAGGAGGAGGAUGAAACACCAAUGAGAAUUCUUGUUUGGCCAGUGCUGAUAUCUCUCUGAUUCCACCAUGGAAGAGAAAUGCACACAAGACCGGCUCUUCAAAGAUCAGGAUUUCUCCUCUGAGCUGCUAAAGCAGCUCAAUGUGUUACGGAAGAACAGAAUCCUAACUGACGUUGUCCUGUGUACGGGUGACACAGAAAUCCCUUGCCAUAGGAAUGUACUUGCCUCAAGUAGCCCCUACUUCAAGGCAAUGUUCUGCAACAACUUUAAAGAGAGUAGCCAGGAAAAAGUCAGCCUCAGAGACAUCGACUCAAACAUUCUUCAUUGCAUCAUUGUCUACGUUUACACAGGAGAGAUUCUAAUGACAGUGGAGAAUAUUUUGUAUCUAAUGGAAACUGCUUCCAUGCUCCAGUACAUGAAGCUAUUUGAGGCCUGUUCAGCCUACCUCCAGGACCAACUUGCUCCAGAUAACUGCCUCAGUCUGAUUCGGCUCUCGGAGAUCUUGCACUGCAAUAAACUCAAGAAGAAAGCCAAAGCAAUGGCUCUGAAGUGUUUCCCUGAAGUAGCCAUCUCCGAAGACCUGAAAGAACUCUGUGCUUUGGAGUUGAUAGACUAUCUUGGAGAUGAUGAGCUUUGUGGAGAGGAGGAACAAGUUUUUGAGGCUCUCAUGGUUUGGGUGAGGCAUGAUCCCCAGGCACGGCAAAGCUAUAUCCAAGACUUGUUCAAGAAAGUAAGGCUUCAGUACGUCCAUCCAACAUUUUUCUUCCACUUCAUUGCCAAUGAUUCUCUCAUUCAGUCGUCCCCAGCAUGUAGAAAUAUCCUGGAACUGGCCCAAAAGCAGAUGUUUUCUCUGUAUAGCACCAGUGCUCCAGAUAUCAAACCUAUGUGGCACGUUCCUCGGCGAUAUUCAUGCCGAGAAUUCCUCCUCCUGGUUGGUGGCCGGAAAGACAACCAACAGACGACAAGGGAUGUCUUGCUGUACGAUGAGAAGACAAACCAAUGGUUGAGCCUUGCCAAAUACCCAACACGGCUCUACAAGGCCUCUGUAGUGAGCAUCCACAGUAAUGUUUAUCUCCUCGGAGGCAUUCCCAUUGGCAAUGGGAAGAACCAAGUCAGUGACAAUGUUUAUAUCUUCUCACUCAAACUUAACCAGUGGAGGCUAGUUGAGCCCAUGUUAGUUCGGCGCUAUUCCCACAGGAGCAUUGCCUAUAAAAACUAUAUCUUUGCCAUUGGGGGCAUUGGAGAAAACCAGGAGAUCCUAAAUUCCAUGGAAAGAUAUGACAGUACCUACAAUGUCUGGGAGCACAUGGCAAACAUGCCCGUUGCCGUUCUUCAUCCUGCUGUGUCUUCCAAAGACCAAAGAAUCUAUCUCUUUGGAGGGGAAGACACGAUGCAAAACCCUGUCCGGCUAAUACAGGUGUAUCAUGUCUCCAGGAACAUGUGGUUCCGGAUGGAGACCAGAAUGGUGAAGAACGUCUGCGCACCAGCAGUUGUGAUUGGAGACCGGAUUUUUAUUGUUGGAGGGUACACCAGACGAGUGAUUGCUUAUGAUACCAAGACUAAUAAAUUUGUGAAAUGUGCAGACAUGAAGGACAGGAGGAUGCAUCACGGCGCUGCGGCGAUAAAUGAGAAGCUGUAUCUGACCGGAGGUCGCUGCCUUACCUUUGACAAUGAAAUCAAAGACUCCGAUUCGCUCGAGUGCUACGACCCCAAGACAGACACCUGGGCUUCAAAGGGGCACUUGCCCCACAGACUUUUUGACCAUGGGUGCCUGGCACUCCAAUGCGUGCCUUAUGCCAACCUCUUGUGAGAGGAAGGCUGAGGGAAACGGGCAUUGUCCUCUUAAACUUGAAAGGCCCACGGUGCUCUCUGCGUGGAGAAGGCUGGUAAACUCUUGCCAGGAAAACCACCAAAACAGAUAGACAGACAAAUAAGGUGGAGGCCUUAGGGUUUCAGUUCCUGGUUCAGACUCCCAUGCCCCACUAUAUCUUGAGGUAAAAGUGACAUAGUGGCAGAUUUUGAGUGUGAUGAAAGGUCUGUUGUGCAAUUUUAUAAUGUUCGGAGCUUCUUGUGGUUGUUUGGUUGGUUUACCAUGAGGGAUAUAAUUUGGAUUUAUUUUUAUUUUUUUGCCUAAAGCACCAGAAUGUCCCAUCUCCUCUUUCCUGCCCUCUGAGGGACUUUCCUCACAACCUUAAUGGGCCCUUGAGGGAAGUUGUGACACAGAUCAACGUCAAGCAUUGGCUUCUAACAGGUUUUCCAAGCAACCCCAUCCAGACAACAGUGACUGUUGAUUCUUUUUUUUAAAAAAAAUGGUUUUCAUGUGUAUAUCUAAAGUGUUCACUGUUCUUGCUUUCUUAGAAGCUGUCUCCCUUGACAAUUAAAGAAUCUGUCCAAUUC